AUGUUGUUCAAUACCCUUGUCAAAGUUGCGCUUGUGGCCACUGCUUUUGCUCAGCCUGUGCAGCACCAACACCAUCAACAUGAGAAGAAAGACGUGGUCACUCACACUGUCAUUGUUACUGUUAAUGGUGAUGCUGCCGACUCUGCUGAAACUUUAAUCCCAGAAGUCCCUGAUGUUGUCACUUCGUUGAUUGCAUCCAGCGUCACUCCAUCUGCAGCUUCCGCUACCCCUGCAAGCUCAACUUCUUCCACGUCAGUUUCCUCUUCUUCGAGCUCUUUUUCUGCUGAUGUCAAAGGUAUCACAUAUUCCCCCUACACUGAUGCCGGUGGAUGUAAGACUAAGGAACAAAUCGCCGCAGAAUUCGAGGCUCUUACUGGAUACGAGAUCAUCAGACUUUAUGGUGUUGACUGUAGUCAAGUUGAAUAUGUCUUGGCUGCUAUGUCUUCAAGCCAAAAGCUUUUUGCUGGAAUCUACGAUAUGACGAGCAUCUCCGAUGAUGUUGCGACAUUGGCUGCUGCAGUUGAAGCUGCGAAUGGUUGGGACCAAGUUUAUACCGUUUCCAUUGGAAAUGAGUUGGUCAACUCCGGCGAGGCUACCGCUUCGCAAGUCAAAGAGUAUGUUGCUGAGGGCAGAACCGCAUUAACUAAUGCAGGUUAUACUGGCCCGGUCGUCUCUGUGGACACUUUCAUUGCAAUUUACAAUAAUAUUGACUUGUGUGACAUUUCCGACUACGUUGCUGCAAACGCCCACGCUUAUUUCGAUGGUGGAUAUGCCGCUGCUGAUGCAGGAACUUGGGUUUACAAUCAAUACACCGGUCUUCAGAAAUUUUGUUCCGGCAAAGAAGUGUUCAUUGUUGAAUCUGGUUGGCCAACUGCCGGUGACACUAACGGUGACGCCAUUGCUGGAACAUCUGAGCAGGCUGCUGCCCUCUCUGAUAUCGCUGACAAGGUAGGUGAUCACGUUCUCUACUUCAAUGCUUACAAUGAUGGGUGGAAGGAUCCAGGCUACCUUAGCUGUGAGCAAUAUUGGGGUAUCUUCUCUUCGUAA